AUGCAUGGCUCCGUGCAGCCGCGUGUGGAGCUGGAUGAGGCCGCGUGCACGACGCCGCCACAGCGCCCUGUCGGGGCGCUUAGUCCGAGCCGCGCGGUGAAUGCACCAGCAGGCUUUGUGGCAAGCACGCCAACUACUUUGCCUCGUGCAAAUGUGCAACAAAAUAUUGCCGGUGUACAGCGCAGCCCGUUAAUGCGUAUACCUUUUCGCCACAAUGCUGAAGCACGGCCCACCGCUAAAUUUGACGAAAACGCUGCCAAGACAACGCCACUCUUGACAUUCGCAUCUUUUCCGGAAGCACAGGAAAAUAUACCAUUUUUACAGCCAUCCGUUACACGCAGUCGGAGCUUAAAAUCGUACUUUACGCGCAUCGGCCGCGGUAAGCCGCGCGAAGUGCUGCCCGCUGUGGAACAAGCGCCACUGCCCAAAACCAACUCUGCGGAAUUUUCAGGACUGCACUCUUUUGAGCAUGUUCCGCGAAAUACAUCGCAAGAAGAACUUAACACGGUGCUUAUGCAUGGCUCGCAUGCCGUCAGGCGGCGGCAGCACGCGCUUGGCACACGUACGUCAUCUCUGCGAAAGGAUAUCGCACACAAACAAAGCGCGAGCAUAUCUGCGCCUCCUCAAAGCGCUGAAGCGCCGGACCUGUUGCGCUUUGCACUGCCAAGCAGUGCGCCGCUUGCAGACCUACACUUGCCUGCGAAUGACGCGACAAAAAUGUACGCACCACUGCGCGCGCGGCAUGACGAGCACGCCAAGCCUACCACUAACACGGAUUUUCCACGCAAACGCGCCACAGAGUCAGUCCGCUCUAUGCACUCUGUACGCGAUUCGAUACCCAAUAUCCACAACGUGGACGCCGAACGCCAGCCGCACUAUGAACACACAAGCUCCCUUUAUGGCGAGGCUUAUUUGCGGAGCCAGCGCGCGAGUAUCGUCUCCUUCACGCUUAGCGAUCCUGUCUACGGCUAG